AUGCAUACCUACAUGCUUUUCAUGUCUGCCUUUGUAUGUUCGUUCUCAUUAACAACCUCGUUAGUAUUAAGUCCUUGUGCAAAAUGGAACACAACAGGUAUUGUGAUAGCAGGGACUGGAGAAAGAGGUAACAAAUCUGACCAAUUAACGGAUCCACGUAGUAUCUUUUUUCUCAAACAAACACAAACAUUAUAUGUCGUCGAUAGCGGCAAUAAUCGCAUACAGAAAUUCUCCAUCGGUAGUCCGUCGAAAAUUGGUGUAACUGUUAUCUCCAAUGUUCAAUACGUCACAGAUAUCUAUGUUGAUUAUGAAAACAACAAGCCUGCUAUCUAUCUCAGUCUUGCAGGUGAACAACGUAUUAGAAAAUGGAUUGAGGGCGAAUCUGACGGUGUGCCUGCAGGAGGUCCAUGUCCUUUGUGUGAAGGUGUGUGGGUUGACAAAGAGAAAAAUGUUUACAUGUCAUCCGCUAGUAGACAUUGCGUGUACAAAUGGUCACCUGAAACAAAUAUUCCCAUAGUCGUUGCUGGUAAAGAGGAUUAUUCAGGAUCGUCAAGCAAUAAUCUGAACUCUCCCGAAGGCGUCUAUGUCGAUAGCAUCCGUAAUGCGAUAUACGUUGCGGACUACGGCAAUAAUCGAGUUCAAAAAUGGGUCAUCGGUGCAUCGAACGGUACAACCAUAGCUGGACUUAGCAGUGGGGAAGCAGGGAGUGAUAAAGAAUCGUUGAACCGUCCAACUAGUGUAUGGGUUGAUGAUGAAACUCAAGUUAUUUAUGUCGCUGAUUCUCAGAAUCAACGAAUUCAACGUUGGCUGUACAAUUCAUCUAUCGGUGAAACGAUUGCUGGUGGAUUAGGAACUGGUGAUAAACUUACACAAUUCGAUCAACCAGAUGAUAUAGCGUUUGAUAAUGAUGGAAAUCUUUAUGUUUGUGAUCGAUUCAAUGAACGUGUUAUGAUGUUUUCAAUUAUUGAUAAUCAGUCAUGUUUUCCAUCAUCGACAAAUCGUUUGAAUUCUUUACCUUUCAUUAUUUUCAUCACAAUGGUACUCACAUUUUUUUAUCAAUGA